AUGCCUCAGUGCCUGCAAAAUACAUAUUCCAGAAGGAUGUAUAAUUUCCCCGACCAAGAUAUACUGGGCCAGGCUUUUGAAGAUGCUCUGGAAGUACUGCAGCAGCACUCUGACAGAGAAAUGCAGUGUUCACCAGGUUAUAAAAAUUGCCUAACUUUGAUCAACCAUCACCACCACCGAGCAAGUCCCAGCUACUCUGUAACACCAUCUACAGAGGACCAAGGGUAUAGCUGGAGAAAUGUGAUUAACAGUGGAAUGGAUUUUUACGCAGAUGAGACUGUCUACAAUACGCUGCAGAAUACUCCAGAAACCCAAGAGAUGCAUGCUACUGCUAGCCAGCCAAAAGCAGGGAAAGGCAGAAAAAAACUUCGAUUGUUUGAGUACCUUCAUGAGUCUUUAUAUGAUCCAGCUAUGGCAAAUUGCAUCCAAUGGGUGGACAAACCUAAUGGUGUGUUCCAGUUUGUCUCUAAAAACAAGGAGAAACUCGCAGAGCUGUGGGGAGAAAGAAAGGGAAACCGCAAGAUCAUGACAUAUCAGAAAAUGGCCAGAGCACUGAGAAAUUAUGGAAGAACAGGUGAAAUCAUUAAAAUUCGAAGGAAGUUGACAUACCAAUUCAGUGCUGUUGUUUUACAGAGACUUGCUCCAUCUUAUUUCUUGGGAAAAGAAACAGUUUAUCAUCCAUACAUCCAGUGUAAUCAAGACUGUCAGUGUGCAGAUGACUGGACCAGUUACAGUAAUUACAUGUAUAACAGUGGUUAUGCAUUACAGCAUGUUAACAGCUAA